CCAUAGUCGGAGGUAGCCAUGGACACCUUCUUCCUGUCGCACGGCGCGGUCACGCUCUCCGUCGACGAGACGAUCCCGGCGCGAGCCUUUUACAAGUCGUGGCUGCCGGCGGCCAUCGCGGGCAAGCAGGCGCCGCGUGCUAUCCUCGUCGUGUCCGCCCACUGGGAUACGGAGGCCACGCCGACCGUCAACGUCGUCCACGGCACCAACGACACCAUCUACGACUUCCACGGCUUCCCGGAGGCCAUGUACAAGCUGAAAUACCCUGCGCCGGGCGCGCCUGACGUCGCCGAGAGGACCAAGAAGCUCCUGGAGGACGCCGGGUUCGGGCCGGUGAGCGAGGACCACGGCCGCGGGCUCGACCACGGCGCGUGGGUGCCGCUGAUGCUCAUGUACCCGGACGCCGACAUCCCGGUGUGCCAGCUCUCCGUGCAGAGCGGCCGCGACGGCACCUACCACUACAACCUCGGCAAGGCGCUGGCGCCGCUCAGAGACGAAGGGGUCCUCGUCAUCGGCACCGGCACCGCCACGCACAACCUCAGCAAGAUGGGGCCUCACGAUGCGCCGGUGCCGCAGUGGGCAUCCGAGUUUGACACCAAGGAUUCGCUCCUGGACGGGAGGUACGACGACGUGAAGCAGUAUGAGGAGAAGGCACCCUAUGCCAAGAUGGCACACCCUACGCCGGAUCAUUUCUACCCGCUGCACGUCGCGCUCGGCGCUGCCGGGGACGAGUCCAAGGCGGAGCUGAUCCACCACAGUUGGACCAACGCCUGUAUCUCCUACGCCUCGUACCGUUUCACCGCCAAGAACUGA